CUCCCGUCCUGGCAGCUUCACUGCUACCUCACUGGAGAGGAGGACUCAAACUUCCGCCACCGUCAUGGCGGCACUGUGCUGCUUCUGAUAUGGAAAAAAGGAGAAAAUAUCAAGCCAGGCCUCCUCCAUGCGGGCCCUGAACACAGACUUUGAGGAUUAAGGAGUUGGAAAGCGCAGGAAAGGCGUUUUUUGUGCGGGUCAUGGCGGCUCACAAACCCGCUGAAUGGGUUCAGGCCGUCAUUAACAGAUUCGACGAGCAGCUUCCAGUCAAAGUCGGGCAACAGAACACGCAUACCAAAGUCAGCACGGAGCACAACAGAGAAUGUCUGAUCAACAUCUCCAAGUACAAGUUCUCGCUGGUCAUCAGCGGCCUCACCAACAUACUGAAGAACGUGAACAAUAUGAGAAUUUUUGGCGAGGCUGCAGAGAAGAACCUCUAUCUAUCUCAGCUCAUCAUCUUGGACACUCUGGAGAAGUGCCUCGCGGGGCAACCGAAGGACUGUAUGCGUCUCGAUGAGACGAUGUUGGUGAAGCAGCUCCUGCCAGAGAUCUGUCACUUCAUCCACACGUACAGAGAGGGGAGUCAGUACGCUGCUGAGCUGCGCAGCUCCGCCUCCGGGGUUCUGUUCUCGCUCAGCUGUAACAACUUCAACGCCGUCUUCAGCCGCAUCUCCACCCGGUUACAGGAACUGACCGUGUGUUCAGAAGACACGGUGGAUGUCCACGAUAUCGAGCUCAUCCGCUACAUUAACGUGGACUGCUCCAAACUCAAAAGACUCCUGCAAGAAACAGUGUUCAAAUUUAAAGCCCUGAAAAAGCCUGCGCAGUUGAGCAUCAUCUACAGUCUGGAGAAGGCAUUCUGGAAUUGGGUGGAGAAUUACCCAGAUGAGUUCACUAUGCUGUACCAGCGACCACAGACAGACAUGGCUGACUGUGCAGAGAAGCUCUUUGACCUGGUGGACAGUUUUGCUGAGAGUGCAAAGAGGAAGGCAGCCGUGUGGCCGCUGCAGAUCAUCCUCCUCAUCCUCUGUCCCAACAUCAUACAGGAGCUGUCACGAGAGCCUCUGGAGGAGAGCAAGGUCAACAAGAAACUGUUUAUAGAGAGUCUGAGGAAAGCUCUGGCCGGACACGGGGGCACCAAGCAGCUGACGGAGAGCGCAGCCAUCGCCAGCGUCAAGCUGUGUAAAGCCUCCACCUACGUCAACUGGGAGGAUCACUCCGUCAUCUUCCUCCUGGUGCAGUCCAUCAUGGUGGAUCUGAAGACUCUGCUGUUUAACCCCGCUAAGCCGUUCUCACGUGGUGCAGGCUGUCAGAGCGCAGACGUGGACCUGAUGAUCGACUGCUUCGUCUCCUGCUUCCGCAUCAACCCACACAAUAACCAGCAGUUUAAAGUCUGCUUGGCUUCAUCUUCACCAUCCACCUUCCACUUUGUCUUGGUGAACUCCCUGCACAGAAUCAUCACAAACUCUCCGCUCGACUGGUGGCCCAAGAUCGACGCAGUUUACUGUUACUCAGGGGAGCUGCGCGUCAUGUUCGCUGAGACACUGGGCUGCAGCACUCACACUCCCCUGCGCAUGACGAGUCUGACAUUUAAGGAGAAGGUGACCAGUCUGAAGUUUAAAGAGAAGUCCACCGACCUGGACACCAGGAGUCAUAAGUAUCUGCUGCUGGCUCUGGUGAAGCUCAUCCACGCCGACCCCAAGCUCCUGCUGCAUAACCCAGGGAAGCAGGGUCAGGAGAUCCAGAGCAGCACAGCCGAGCUCAUCAAAGGGCUCAUGCAGCUGGUGCCCCUCGCCAACCUGGGGGAAAUUUCCCAGGAGGCCAUGGAGGCUUUGCUGGUCCUGCAUCAGCCAGAAAUCAUCGAGCUGUGGAAUCCUGACGCUCCCAUGGAGACCUUCUGGGACAUCAGCUCCCAGGUUCUUUACUUCAUCUGCUCGAAGCUCAUCGGCCACCAGCUGAUCAACAGCACCGAGAUUCUCAAGUGGCUCCGAGAGAUCCUCAUCUGCAGGAACAAGUUUCUCCUCCGGAACAAAGAGCGUGCUGCGACGGGCAGCAGCAUCCCCAUGUGCAGGCAGGCCCAGGCCAAGCUGGAGGUGUGUCUCUACAUGUUCCUGUGGAGCCCAGACAUGGAGGCCGUGCUGGUGGCCAUGUCCUGCUUCAGGCACCUGUGUGAGGAGGCUGACAUCCGCUGUGGCGUGGACGAGGUGCCUGUGCAGACCAUCCUGCCCAACUACAACACCUUCAUGGAGUUCGCCUCCGUCAGCAACAUGAUGGCCACAGGUCGCUCAGCCUUACAGAAGAGAGUAAUGGCUUUGCUCAGGAGGAUAGAGCAUCCCACACCUGGCAACACUGAGGCUUGGGAGGACACGCAUGCGAAAUGGGAACAUGCCACCAAGUUAAUCCUGAACCACCCAAAAACAAAGUUAGAAGACUGUCAGGAGUGGAUCAACAUGACGGGAUUCCUGUGCGCGCUGGGCGGUGUGUGUCUGCAGCAGAGGAACCCCCCAGGCCCGGCCACCUACAGCCCCCCGAUGGGUCCGCUGAGCGAGCGGAAGGGCUCCAUGGUGUCCAUGGGCUCAUGUGAGGGCAAUGCCGAGACGCCACUCAGUAAGUUCCUGGACCGGCUGCUCUCGCUCAUGGUGUGCAGCCAUGAAAAGGGCGUGCAGAUCCGCAACAACGUCAAGGACCUGGUGGGUCUGGAGCUGAGCCCGGCUCUCUACCCCAUGCUCUUCAACAAGCUCAAGAACAGCAUCAGCCGCUUCUUCGAAGCACAAGGACCGGUGCCAAUCAAUGAGACAAACACGCAGUUUGUGGAGCAGACCAUCGCCAUAAUGAAGAACCUGUUAGAUAACCACACAGAAGGCAGCUCUGAACAUCUGGGUCAGGCCAGCAUUGAGACCAUGAUGCUCAACCUGGUCAGGUACGUGCGCAUUCUGGGCAACAUGGUUCAUGCCAUCCAGAUCAAAACCAAGCUGUGCCAACUGGUGGAGGUGAUGAUGGAGCGCAGAGAUGAUCUGUCCUUCUGCCAGGAGAUGAAGUUCAGGAAUAAGAUGGUGGAGUAUCUGACAGACUGGGUAAUGGGAACCUCCAACCAGGCAGCUGACGAUGACGUCAAGUGUCUGACGAGGGAUCUGGACCAGGCGAGUAUGGAGGCUGUGGUGUCUCUGCUGGCUGGAUUACCGCUCCAACCGGAGGAAGGAGACGGGGUGGAACUCAUGGAGGCCAAGUCUCAACUCUUCCUUAAGUACUUCACACUCUUUAUGAACCUGCUGAAUGACUGCAGCGAGCCGGAGGACGACGGACAGCAGGUGGCUGGCCGUAAGCGGGGCAUGUCGAGACGCCUGGCGUCUCUGCGCCACUGCACUGUGUUGGCCAUGUCCAACCUGCUCAAUGCCAAUGUGGACAGCGGCCUCAUGCACUCCAUUGGUCUGGGCUACCACAAGGACCUGCAGACCCGUGCCACCUUCAUGGAGGUCCUCACCAAGAUCCUGCAGCAGGGCACCGAGUUCGACACGCUGGCCGAGACGGUGCUGGCCGACCGCUUCGAGAGGCUCGUCGAGCUCGUCACCAUGAUGGGCGAUCAGGGAGAGCUGCCCAUCGCCAUGGCGCUGGCCAAUGUGGUGCCUUGUUCUCAGUGGGACGAGCUGGCUCGGGUGCUGGUCACACUGUUUGACUCACGUCACCUCCUCUACCAGCUGCUGUGGAAUAUGUUUUCUAAGGAGGUCGAGCUUGCUGACUCCAUGCAAACACUCUUCAGAGGGAACAGCCUGGCCAGUAAAAUCAUGACCUUUUGUUUUAAGGUCUACGGUGCUACGUAUCUGCAGAAGCUUCUGGAGCCACUCCUUCGUGGAGUUAUCACGUCUCCUGAGUUGCAGAUGAUCAGUUUCGAGGUGGAUCCCACCAGACUGGACCACAAUGAAGUGUUGGAGGAAAACCAGCGCAACCUGCUGGCCAUGACGAACCGCUUCUUCCUGGCCAUCAUUAACUCCUCGAGUGAAUUCCCACCACAGCUGCGGAGUGUGUGUCACUGCCUGUUCCAGGCUACUUGCUACUCUCUACUGAAUAAAGCCACAGUUAAAGAGAAAAAGGAAAGUAAAAAAUCAGUGGUGAGUCAGCGUUUCCCUCAGAACAGCAUCGGUGCCGUGGGCAGCGCCAUGUUCCUGCGUUUCAUCAACCCAGCCAUCGUCUCCCCAUAUGAGACCGGGAUCCUGGAUAAGAAGCCUCCUCUGAGAAUAGAGCGAGGACUCAAACUCAUGUCCAAGAUUCUGCAGAGCAUCGCCAACCACGUGCUGUUCACAAAGGAGGAGCACAUGAGACCUUUCAACGACUACGUGAAGGGCAAUUUCGAAGCAGCCAGAAAAUUUUUCUUGGACAUUGCGUCUGACUGCCCUGCCAGCGACUCGGUGAACCACAGCCUCUCGUUCAUCAGUGACGGCAAUGUGCUAGCUCUGCACCGGCUGCUGUGGAACAACCAGGAGAAGAUCGGCCAGUACCUCUCCAGCAACAGGGAUCAUAAAGCAGUGGGUCGGCGUCCCUUUGACAAGAUGGCGACUCUCCUGGCCUACCUCGGACCUCCUGAACACAAACCGGUAGCUGACACACACUGGUCCAGCCUGAACCUCACCAGCUCCAAGUUUGAAGAGUUCAUGACCAGGCACCAGGUCCAUGAAAAAGAAGAGUUCAAAGCACUGAAAACCCUCAACAUUUUCUACCAGGCAGGAACAUCCAAGAACGGCAACCCCGUCUUUUACUACGUCACCCGCAGGUUCAAAACUGGCCAGAUUAACGGAGACUUGCUCAUCUACCAUGUGCUGCUCACCCUCAAGCCCUACUACGCCAAACCAUAUGAGAUAGUGGUAGACCUGACCCACGCCGGCCCCAGCAACCGCUUUAAGACUGACUUCCUCUCCAAGUGGUUUGUCGUCUUCCCGGGGUUCGCCUACGAGAACGUAGCAGCCAUCUACAUCUACAACUGUAACACGUGGGUGCGGGAGUACACGAAGUACCACGAGAGGCUCCUCACUGGCCUGAAGGGCAGCAAGAAGCUUCUUUUCAUCGACUCACCAGCAAGGCUGGCUGAGCACAUCGAGCUGGAGCAGCAGAAGCUUCCAGCUGCCACACUGAGCCUGGAGGAGGAUCUCAAGGUGUUUCACAAUGCUCUCAAACUGGCCCACAAGGACACCAAGGUGUCCAUCAAGGUGGGCUCCAAUGCUGUGCAGGUGACCUCAGCAGAUCGCACACGGGUCUUGGGCCAGUCCGUCUUCCUCAAUGAUAUCUACUACGCCUCGGAGAUCGAGGAGAUCUGCCUGGUGGACGAGAACCAGUUCACGCUGACCAUCGCCAACCAGGGCACGCCGCUCACCUUCAUGCACCAGGAGUGCGAGGCCAUUGUGCACUCCAUCAUCCACAUCCGCACACGCUGGGAGCUCUCUCAGCCCGACUCCAUCCCACAGCACACCAAGAUUAGGCCCAAAGACGUGCCAGGGACGCUCCUCAACAUCGCCCUCCUCAACCUGGGCAGCUCCGACCCUAGUCUCAGGUCAGCAGCCUAUAAUCUCCUGUGCGCCUUAACUUGUACCUUUAACCUGAAGAUCGAGGGCCAGCUGCUGGAGACGUCCGGUCUGUGCAUCCCAGCCAACAACACACUCUUCAUCGUCUCCAUCAGCAAGACUCUGGCAGCCAAUGAGCCCCACCUCACGCUGGAGUUCCUCGAGGAGUGUAUCUCCGGCUUCAGCAAGUCCAGUAUCGAGUUGAAACACCUCUGUCUGGAGUACAUGACUCCCUGGCUGCUCAACCUGGUCCGCUUCUGCAAGCACAACGACGAUGCCAAGCGCCAGCGGGUCACCGCCAUCCUGGACAAGCUCAUCACCAUGACCAUCAACGAGAAGCAGAUGUACCCGUCCAUCCAGGCCAAGAUCUGGGGCAGUUUGGGCCAAAUCACAGACCUGCUGGACGUGGUGUUGGACAGCUUCAUUAAGACCAGUGCUACAGGAGGACUGGGCUCCAUCAAGGCAGAGGUGAUGGCAGACACUGCUGUGGCUCUGGCCUCUGGCAAUGUCAAGCUGGUGUCUAGCAAGGUCAUCAUCCGCAUGUGCAAAAUUAUCGAUAAGACGUGCCUGUCCCCGACGCCAACGCUGGAGCAGCACCUGAUGUGGGAUGACAUUGCCAUCCUGGCACGCUACAUGCUCAUGCUGUCCUUCAACAACCUGCUGGAUGUGGCGGCUCACCUGCCCUACCUCUUUCACGUGGUGACGCUGCUGGUGGCCACAGGACCUCUCUCGCUGCGCGCCUCCACCCACGGCCUCGUCAUUAACAUCAUCCACUCGCUCUGCACCUGCUCGCAGCUCAACUUUAGCGAAGAGACUAAGCAGGUGUUGAGGCUGAGUCUGACUGAAUUCUCACUGCCCAAGUUUUACCUGCUGUUCGGCAUCAGUAAAGUCAAGUCCGCGGCCGUCAUAGCUUUCCGCUCCAGCUACAGGGAUCGCUCCUUCUCACCGGGAUCGUACGAGCGAGAGACCUUCGCUCUCUCCUCACUGGAGACGGUGACAGAGGCCCUGCUGGAGAUCAUGGAGGCUUGCAUGAGGGACAUUCCGGGGUGUAAAUGGCUUGAUCAGUGGACCGAAUUGGCUCAGAAGUUUGCUUUCCAGUACAACCCUUCUCUACAGCCCAGGGCUCUGGUGGUGUUCGGCUGCAUCAGCAAGCGCGUCACCCACGGUCAGAUCAAACAGAUCAUCCGCAUUCUCAGCAAGGGCCUGGAGAGCUGCUUAAAGGGGCCGGACAGUUACAACAGCCAGGUGCUGAUCGAGGCCACAGUCAUCGCUCUCACCAAGCUGCAGCCACUGCUGACCAAGGACUCGCCCAUGCACAAGGCCCUGUUCUGGGUGGCCGUAGCAGUCCUGCAGCUGGAUGAGGUGAACCUGUACUCGGCAGGCACGGCCCUGCUGGAGCAGAACCUACACACACUGGACAGCAUGCACGUCUUCAAUGACAAGAGUCCUGAGGAGGUGUUUAUGGAGAUCCGUAAACCCCUGGAGUGGCACUGCAAGCAGAUGGACCACUUCGUCGGCCUCAACUUUAACUCCAACUUCAACUUUGCACUUGUGGGUCAUCUGCUUAAAGGCUACAGACACCCUUCCCCCACCACUGUAGCACGGACGGUGCGUAUCCUGCACAUGCUUCUCAGCCUGGUGGGAAAACAUCUCAACUGUGACAAGUUCGAGGUCAAUACACAGAGUGUAGCCUACUUGGCUGCUCUGCUCACUGUGUCAGAGGAAGUGCGCAGCCGGUGCAGUCUGAAACACAGGAAGUCUCUGCUCCUCUCUGAUGUUGCCAUGGAGAGUAUUCCUAUGGAGACAUACUCGGUGCAUAACAGCGACCCUAGCUGCAGGACAUUGAGAGAGAACCAUCCAUGGGCGUCUCCUAAAGUUUCAGAGCGGUACUUGGUUGCAAACUAUCCCAUCGUGGGCCAAAUCAGCCCUCGCACACGGAAAUCCAUGAGCCUGGACAUGGGCCAGCCGUCUCAGGCCAACACCAAAAAGCUUUUGGGGACAAGAAAAAGCUUCGACCACUUGAUAUCAGACAGUAAGGCACCAAAAAGGCCAGAGUUGGAGUCUGGUAUCACUACACCUCCCAAAAUGAGGAGAGUAGCAGAGAACGACUACGAAAUAGAAACCCAAAGAAUCUCUCAGCAGCAUCACCACCUGAGGAAGGUCUCCGUGUCCGAGUCCAACGUCCUCCUGGACGAGGAGGUCCUCACUGACCCGAAGAUCCAGGCGCUUCUCCUCACCGUGCUGGCAACUCAGGUCAAAAACACGAUGGACGAAUUUGACCAGAGAAUUCUCUACGAGUUUUUAGCUGAGGCCAGCGUCGUCUUUCCGAAGGUCUUUCCUGUUGUUCACAACCUCCUGGACUCGAAGAUCAACACGCUGCUGUCCAUGUGCCAGGACCCGAACCUGCUGAACCCCGUGCAUGGCAUUGUACAGAGUGUGGUGUACCAUGAGGAGUCACCACCGCAGUACCAGCCCUCAUAUCUUCAGAGUUUCGGAUUUAACGGACUCUGGAGAUUUGCUGGGCCUUUUUCAAAGCAAAACCAGAUCCCGGACUACGCUGAGCUGAUCGUUAAGUUUCUGGACGCUCUGAUUGACACCUAUCUGCCUGGGAUUGAUGAGGAAGGCAGCGAGGAGGCUCUGAGGACACCCACGUCUCCGUAUCCGCCUCCGGUCCAGAGCCAGCUCAGCAUCACUGCCAACCUCAACCUCUCCAACUCCAUGACCUCUCUGGCAACCUCGCAACACUCGGCAGGUGUUGAUAAGGAGAACGUGGAGUUGUCUCCGAGCGUGGCGGUUCCCACCAGUGCACGUGCGCGCCACGGCUCAGCCAGCCACGUCCAGAAGCAGCGCAGCGCCGGCAGCUUCAAGAGGCCAAGCAUCAAGAAGAUCGUAUGAAUGGCACCCUCUGCUGGGCCACACACACCAUGCUGCAUUUCUAGUCACACACUCCUUCCUUCUGCUCCUCUUAGUUUUUAAUUUUUUGAAAUUUUCAUUAUUAUUAUUAUUUUUGAUUUUCCUCCUCACCUCCGUUUUCAGCCAUACUUUGCCUAACGAUCAAUAAAAACUGCAGGACUAAUGGGAAAGAAGUUCUCAAAUGUUUGGGAACCAGUCAGUGUUCGAGGAGAAUUUUUCGUGUUUAUAAUGGAACUUGAUCUUUUUUUAAUGCACCUCCACAACUCUUUAUUUUUUAUUACAAACCAGGUAUCUAAAGGAAAAGCACUGAAAUUUACAAUUCCAGACUGCAUUGAGUGUUUUUUUAAGCGCCUUUUUAAAAAUUAUUAUUCAUCUUAAUGGAAAGUAUUAACCAGGUUGCUCUUUCAGCUGUUCAGUCCUGUAACAUUUCUUGUUUUUUCUCCAAAGAGUUUAUUUCUGCAUACAUUCUGCUUUUCUUAAAGCAACAGUUUUUUUUUUUUUUUUUUUUUUGAGAGGCCAAAAAGUCUUUGGGAUCAAAUAGCUCAGUUUUAGCACACAGCACACAUUACUGUAUAUUCACAGUAUAAUUUGCACUUGAAUUAGAGUGUGUAUGUUUCCAGUCUUGCUUGGGUCUGUAGGUGCAGGACUGUUUCUGGACAUUUGAGGGCUAAUGAUAUUUUUAAUAAAUAGAUAGCUGGAUGGAUGGCUUUGACCUUGGCAUGUUUGUUGGUGCCAGAUGGGCUAGUUUGAGUAUGUAAGAAACUGCUGCUCUCCUGUGAUUUUCAUGCACGUUAGUCUAUAGAGUUUACACAGAAUGUUGCGAGAAACAAAAACUGUCCAGUGAACAGCAGUUCUGCAGGUGGAAACGCCAUGUUGAUGAGAGAGGUCAGAUUGCUUGGAGCUGACAGGAAGACUACAGUAACUCAGCCACUCUUGCACAACCGUGAUGAGCUGAAAAGCAUCUCAGAAUGCAAGAAUCUGAGGCUACAGUAGGCACAGGCUCACCCAAACUAAAACCCGACAGUUAAGGAUUGGAAAAAUGUCGCCCGGUCUUCAACAAUCUUAUCUUAUUUUGAGUGGUCCUGUGCCCACUGUAGUCUCAGAUUCCUGUUUUUGGUGACAGGAGUAGAACCCGAUGUGGUCCUCUGCUGUUGCAGCCCAUCCACUUCAAGGUAUGGUGUGUUAUGCAUUCGGAGAUGCUUUUCUGCUCACCACCGUUGUAAAGAGUGGUUAUUUGAGUUACUGUAGCGUUUGACUGGCAGUGUAGGCUUUUUCCCUAAAAUUUUGUUGUAAUGUAUCGGCCUCCCUGAGUGUGAUAUUGCGCAUUGCACUAUAUGAUAGCCCAAUCUGAUACUUAUUAUCAACAUCAGACUGAAAUACUGGAAUGGCACUUGAUCAGAAUCAAACCACUGUCAUCCUUUUUAUACAUGAAAUGAAGGCAUGUGAUGUUGACUAAUAAUUUUCCUCUUUUUAUUGCAAAGCCAAGUAGCUCCAUUAUGAUCAUUAUUUCCAUUAAACACAUCAUUAGCUGAACUGUAACCAGCACCAACACGGCAACAAAUUUUACAGCAUUUGAUCAGUAUCAGGGAUUGGCUAAUACUCAGAGCGCUGAUGUUGGUACUGUGUCAAAUAAGGGACGUGUCAAUCAUCUGUGAUGUGUCGUAUUGGAAAGGGGAUACUUAACAGUAUUUGGUGUGGACACGAAACGGUACUCGGGUGAGUGUUUACAGUGAUUCUAUACUUGAAUUCACAAGAAAUUGUGAAGCAGUUUCUCUUGAGAAGAAGAAUGUUAAGGGAUGUGAUUCUCACAAUCACCUGUGAAAAUUUUAAAUCAUCAAAUGUUUAGAAAACCAAAGUCUAUGAUAAUUGUGCAAUAUAAUUCAAGAUCAUUCAACAGCACUUCAUGUUUUUGACGCCUCACCUUUCUGCAGUCGAUGUUUUUUGUCUGUGAGCAUUAGGUAUGUGUUUGAGGUGGGAUACUGAGCUCUCGAUUGGUGGAACCAAGUCUUAACUUGCAAGGAUUGAAAUGAACAAGGGCACUAGAAUGUUGUGGUAGUUGAGUGUUUAAAGGUGCAGUUUGUAAUGCAUAAAAGACACUUAAGAACACACUCACACAUAGUGUUCCCAGGAUAGGCUCUGGAUCCACGACCCUGACCAAGAUGAAUAAUGCCAUGCUGUGGAUCGUGCUAAUUGAAUCAUUUCAGGCUUUUGAUUGCGUUUUUCCAGCUACUGCGCCACUCUCAACUGAAGAUGCAAUUGCAGUUCCUCACUCGUGCAACAAAGGGAGCUAAAAAUCUCAAAACUGCACUUUUAAGACUCUAUGCUAGGUUCUCUAAGGUUGAGUUUCUGAAUUCCAGAGAGACAGUUUUGGACACUUAAUACUCAGCUCUGUGUGGGUUUUAUUCUGCCUGACUUCUAAGCCAUUUGUGAUAAAAAUAACUAAGUUUACAUGUUUAUCCAUUCAACAUACGCUUUUAUUCGAAGUAACUUCAGGAUCCAGAGCAAAGAAGAAAUCCGGAGGAAAGUCAGAACAGUUGAGGGGUCUUGUUUAAAGACUAGAUGUGUUUCUCUGGUAGACGCUGAAUCACCAUCACUACCAAAAAUAGUUAAAUAUGUAAACACCAAUGAAUUUUUAUCAAUUUUUUUAAUCAGUCUGCUCUUCUUUGACUCCCCUUACACGCAUACUUGUGAUGUCAGCGACUGUCCACUUCCACUAUGUCAUGUCAAAAGAUUUUUUAUCACUUUUUAUUGAAAUGAACUUUGGUGAGGAAUACGAGGUGAGAUGGCACUGUGCAGGUUUUAAUGUUAGAUUUAUUACGUAUUCGGUCUUUUACACAUUUCGAUUACAUUUUUCUUACUAAACUAUAGUAAGUUAAAUGUCUUUGCUUGACAUUAUAAUGUUGAUAUGUUAAUAUUUUCUGUAUUCACAUCAGGGCCGAUUAUAUUAAUGAAGCUUUAACGACAGUUUGGGAUCAAAAAGGAAUAAUCGAUGGAGAGUAGAAAUGAUGAAUAUUGUUAUUAAUUAGAUAACCAUCAGUGUAUGCAGGUAAUAUGACUUUGCCCUCAUCUUGGGGGUGUGAGUGUGUGUGAAUGUGUGUGUGUUUAGCCAUAGACUUUCACAACACCUUAACUGGUUAAAAGUGUAAUUCGCUGAAGUUAUGCAAAACAAAUUUUUUUCAAUUUUCUUUCCUGUUUUUUAUGCUUCAAGACUGUAAAUAAUUUUGUGUAAAAAAAAUCAAAAGAAAGGUAUAUUUACUACACUGUAAAUACAUGUGACAAUAUAUUGUAUUAUUUUGCUUUUUGUAAAAGAGUUCAUUGCUGUACAUGUACAACAGAAUAUGACUUAUCGUUGUGUUGGUAACGGAGACGUCCAUCAUGUUCACAGCACUGUCAUAAAACCUCUGAGGAUAAACAGAUGGUUACAGACUGAAGAUCUAGACAAUUGUAUAGAAACACAUUGUAUAAUAAAUUCCAGUUACCAUCUGAUUUCAUAUUUACACACCUUACACUAAUAAAGUAAAUUCUUUCCAGAUUGUA